AACUGUUUCUUACAAGUUAUGUUAACUAUACGGACCACCGCCGCGGGGCGAACCUGAUGUUAAUUUACCGUUAAGAAUGUGCAAUCGCCAGAUUUUGGAGUGUGGAAAAGCUUCUUCGACUCGGUAUGAUAUUUCACAACCGCCCCAGUUGGCUUUUAUUUUGAAACUUCGGGACCGCUCGUGGAGAGGAAACGCCUCAGCUUUUACUUACUGGCGGGAAAGCUGAGGCGAAAAUGACACCAGUCUGGCUCAGUCAUACAGCGCACGUACUUAUCGUUAACUAAUUCCUUACCCACUAACUACAUACUCUGCCGCCUUGUUCGGGCGUUAUUAGGGUGCUUGGGUCUGUCUCAGAGUCAGCAGAAGAGGACAAUCCAGACUGAGACGCAAGUGAAGCUCAUAUUUUUUGGACCUACCGUUGCUAGCAUGGUUCAAAUAGUCAUCUCAAGCCAGGCCGGGGAGGGCCCUGCGGAGUGGUUGUUGGUGGAGUUGCAAGGAGAGAUGAUCUCAAGACACAACACAGGGUUGUCUGGAAAUCUCAUGGGAGACCUGCACUACACGAAAGAAGGUGUUCCAGUGCUGAUAGUGGGACAUCACAUCCUCUAUGGCAAGCUGGUAAACCUGGACAAACCGUUUGCUGUUCUUAUGAAGCACUCUGGCCUCCCCCAAGAUGACGAGGGUGUCAUGGAAACGAGCGAGGAGAAGCCAACCUCCUACACUGUUAGUGCCCUGAUCAAGAAGAAGCUGAUCUUUAAAACACGUCCUAAGCCAAUCAUUACUAACGUGCCAAAGAAGGUUUAGCUGACAGCGAAAAUCUACAUUCUAGCUGGUCCGCGUGGUGCUGGAAACAUGCAGCAAACGCACACUGUUCUCUGAUGGUGUGGUUCCAGUGUCGUUCCAGAUGAUGAUGCAAGUGAGGUGUCUUAGGAGCUUCUAUUUUAUUGACUCUUUGAGAUGGAUGGAUUCUGCGAACUUGCAGAAAAUUUGCCUUUUUUUUUUUUUUACCUUUUUUUUUUUUUUUUUUUUUUAAAGAAAGACUCAUUGACUGACUAAAUCCAGUAAACACAAAAGAUAUACUAGUCAUAUACUAGUGGGAGGUUAGUUUUGCUUGUUUGAAUAUGCUGUAUUGGUUUAGAACUGCAAAAUUGGAAACGAUGUAUAUGCAGGUAACUAACACCAUUUGAUACAGAAAAAGUUUAUUUAAAAACAUUUUACAGGUGUAAUAAAGAUCUGCAAAAAUACACAGUCAAUGUUGCAAUAAUGAUAUAAAACUUUUAAAAACAUUCCUUUAAAUAUGUAAGUAUUUACACAAAUUCAUGAGGUCAAACAGUAUGACUGUUAUCUUCAGUUUAGACAAAAAAAUCACAGCCAUAAUGUCAAGCCCUGGGUGACUGAUAAGGAAUUAAAUGUUCAAUAGUGUCUAUCGUCCAUUGUACAUUGUGAAACAGGCAGUUUACUGACCAGUGUUCGGUUUUGACCUAGAAUGAAUUGUUUUAGUGGAUAUCUUCCCAUGUGCAUCUAUGCACAAAGAUCAUCCUGAAAUGGUGGAUUGAGUAUGACACUUAAUACUUUUUCCAACAGCUAAAAAUGGUCUGAACACUACAAUGUUGAGAUACUGGGUCCUGGACAGCACACCACCAACAGUAGCAUGGUGUGCUGUGACAAAAAUACCUCUGCCGUAAAAUGAGUCUAGCAAAAUAUAGACUGAUAAGCAUACCAGUAUUCUUGCACUAUUUCAAAAUAUCUAAAAAAACAAAACAAAACAAAAAAAAAAACCCAUUCAAGAAUAUAGUUAUUACUUUAUAUACUUUAAGUAUUGAAACAGUAAAUGUCACAGCAUUUGCACUAACUGAAGGGCCAAAGUGUGAUUCUGUGUUGUGACUCCUGCUCAGUAUACUCCAUGUUAUGCACUGUAUGAUGAUG